GAGGCGUCGCGCGGGCGCAGGGGCCUUUGGGCGCCUUCCCGCGCCGGUGGCCAUGGCGUUCAGCCUCAGGAGAGGCCGGGGCGGCCCCUUUAAACAUAUAGCUCAUGGCCUGGUCCCUGCUGCUACCAUAGCUCCUAAACCUGCAGUUCCCCGUACCCCUCCCCCUCGUAGUCCAAACCCUUCUCCAGAAAGGCCCAGAUCUGCUCUGGCAGCAGCUAUCCUUGCAACAACACUAACAGGGCGUACUGUUGCUAUUCCUCAGCCUCGUCAACGAUCACUUUCUGAAAGUGAUUCCACCUAUGUGGAACAAGAAUGCUUUGAACCAUAUGCGACAGUUGCAGAGCUCAGAAUGGGGCCCAACUGGAAGCUUGAUGGUAGUGAAAGAUCUCCUGUACAUUCCCUGGAAAUAUCAGGCAAUUAUUGUGAGGAUGAGGAGGACAUGGAUACUUAUCUUUCAGAUGCAGAUAAAGAGGCAGAGUCUAGCUGUCAAAGUAAUGAGAAGAGAGGAGAAAGCUUUAGCACUAAUGCUAUUUAUGCCGUUCCUUGCAAAAAUAAGAAGGAAGAGUUUCCACUAUCCCGUAGCACUAAAGUUGACAAGAAAGAGGCAUCUUCUCAUGAAACUGAGUUUCAGGUGCUGGUGAACAAGUCAAAUGUGCAAAUAGAAGAAAAUGAACGUCUUGGCUUGAAUUUAAAGAAAGAAAAAUCAUCAGCUGAAAAACUGCUAUGUGAAAAGCCUCCACCAUCCCCAGAUAUAUCUAUUCGGUCAAGGCAAGCAUGGGAGACUAUGAAAAAAGAGAAGUUUAGAGAACUAAAACAAGAAAAUCAGUCUCUAAACAAUGCAUACCAGGCUAUAGCCCAAAAAUUUGAGGAAACAAAACAGCAAAUGGAAGAACUGCAGUUAAAACUGAACAGACUAGAAGAAGAAAACAUAAGGCUUAAAGAAGCUGCAGAGAGAUCACACAGAGAAGAGGAAGCUUCAGAAUUACUUUCUUUAAGACAACAAGCACAAGAACUAAUAGAUGAGAAUGAUGCUUUGAAAAUGACUGUCCAUCGUUUGAAUGUAGAGCUAAGUCGCUAUCAAACAAAAUUCAGGCCAUUGUCCCAAGAAGAGCAUCCAAAACUAAAAAGUUUACCCAUGAAGGGACCACCACCCCCAUGGCUGUUGGAUAUGAGGUAUUUGUCACCUCUCCUGUUGGCGUAUGAAGACAGGAUUAGAGAAAAGGAUGAUUUAAAUCUUGCACAUGAGGAGGAUAUGAAGAACUUUAAAGCACGCGUUGAAGAAUUGGUGAAGGAGAAUGAAGACCUGCAUGAGCAAUUAAAUAAAAAUAGCUCUGUUACCGCUAUGGAAUGGCACCAGCUGCAAACUCAGGCCAAGUUAGUCUUGGAAGAAAACAGAUUGUUGAUGGAGCAACUUGAAAUUCAACAAGCUAAAGCAAAAGAUAAUCACAAACAACAUGUUCAAGAAGUUUCAAAAUUGACUAAACAGAUGAUAAUCUUAGAAGACAAAAAACAGAGUCAAGACAAAGAAAUAGCAGAGUACCAGAAGCAGUUGGAAGCUUUGCAUUCUACCUGUGAAGAGCUGAAAGCCAAACUGGAUAGCAAAGUAGGAGCAGAGGAGCACUUUGCUUUGGUGAAUGAUUUAAAAAGUCAUUUACAACAGGAACAGGAGAAAAAGCGUUGUGAAAUGGAAGAUCUAAUAGAAAAGAUAGCAUCAUUGCAAGCUCAAAACAAGAAACUGCUUUUAGAGAAAAAUAAGUUCAUAGCUGACAAGAAGAUCCUGGAAACUGAGCUGGAAAUGAAGCAAAGGACAAACAGGCAACUAAAGAAGAAAAUAGGGUUUUUGAAACAACAGUUGGAAGAAGCAAUAGAAAAAGAAGUUGCAGCCCAUCACUAUCUAAGCAGCCUUAUUGGUUUGGUGGAGAAGACAGCUCAGGAACGUGACCAUCUUAUAUUUUUGGCCAAGUGUUUGGAAAAUGAGAAUCACAGUGUUCUCAACAAAAUAGUGGAAGGCAGUGUGCGCCUAGGAAGGUUAGAAGAAAAAGUUAAGGUAUAUAAAAAGAAAGCAGCUGAAAAGCUUGGAGAUAUCAGUUUCAAAAUGACUGAGCAGAAGAGAGAGUUCGCUGGAAAGACCAUUCAGUACCAGCAAGAAAUGAAGCAGCUCCAGCAUCUGUUGCAAGAUAAACAGGAAACGCUUGAUGAAGUGCUGCAGCAGAAAAGGAAAGUGGAAGGUGAACUUGAAGUUAUUUGGGAAUCCACAUCCAAAGAAAAUAGAAGAAUGAGAGAAAUCUUACAUAAAUCUCUGGAGAAAAACAACAUGUGGAGUACUAUCAGAAUUCAUGAUUCAUACUUAAGUGAAAACUCACAAAAGGACUUAGUUUAUGGACAUGAUUUUAGCUAUUGUGAUGUGAAACCUUCAUCACCUAAAAAUGAAAUUCAACAAGAAUCUCAGGGAUAAAGAUGCCUUUUGUAUUUCAUCUGAGAAAAGAUUUUCUCAGAGAAAUCAAAAGUUCUGUGGCUGAAUUUGACUUUCUCAGCAACACAAGAUGCAACAGAAGGGUGUGUAUCCUCUUCAGAAACUCUCAUGUAUUUUAAUUCAAAAGCCUAAUUUCAAGAAAUGCAAGAAAAUUACCAAAUAAAGUAUGAACAAAAUAUGAUCAACUUUGAAAAAAAAAAAAAAAAUCUGUAGUCUGUUUUCAUUGCUAGUGAUGAAGCAUCUUGACAUCUGGAGUUGCAAGAACAUCCUUACACUGGAUUGCCUGCCAAAAAUCUCUUCUUACCAUCUUAAGGACAGAGAAAAUAUUUGACUGUGUAACAAACAAGACAAAAGCAUUUUGGUUUCAUCUUCCCUGAAACUAAGUGUCCUAAAGACAAGUGGUAGUGCCUGAAUGCACAACUGUCUACCAAGUAGGCUGAGCCCAGGAUUCAACAUGUUCUCUACCAUAGCUUUGCCAAGAGGACAAGAUGUCAGCAGAAGAUACAAUCCUCGUCAGGACUGAGUGGGCCUUCCCUCUUUAAAGUCUCCCUCUUGAGAUUCAGUAGCUUUGCAGGAAGCCACAAAAUGCAUAGCUGGCAUAAUCACUGACUUUUCACAGUAUUGCAUAUCAAUUUCAGGGUAGUAUGUAUUAGUAUAAAAUAAAAUGCUUUUAUUUUAGAAUUUACAUUUAA